AUUUCCGUGUAAACUCAGUCACACAGGAGACACCAGAGAGCGAGCCAUCGCCCGUCACUGACUGGAUCCCAUGCAGGCAGUGAGUGCAGAUCCAAGGAUGCCAGAGCCCUCUCCAGAAAACUUUGGCAUUUCUGAGGGCCUCAAGAGAAGCCAUCUAAACAAUGGGGCUCUUGAGAAGUUUGCCCAAAAUAUGGCCGACAACAUUAUCCAGUCGUUUCUGAGCCAAAUGGAAAUUGUGGGACCUGAGGUGGACUUCAGGAUGUCCAGGUUUAAUCAAAACCAGGAGAUGUUAGCUGAGGGAUUAGCCUCAGCAGUCAUUGAGGUUGCUCUCAGGGAAGUGUGUGGAGGUCGAAAGGUCGAGGAUCACUUAGAGGGUUUCCAGGGUUCAAGAUCAGCUGGGUUAAAGGUGGCUGGUGAACAGGGUCAAGAUCCGCCUUUAAUGGAUCAGUCUGAAAGCGAAGGAGGCGUUUUGGACAUGGAUACAAAGACGGAUCCAGGCAAAGAAAUCCAGACUUCCAAAGACGCCCAGCACUGUCACCACCCUCUGUCCCAGUCAGGGCUCCCCCUCCUGGGAUCCCUCGACUACCCCGACGCUCCUCCAACCACGCCUCUCCUCCCCGAGCUCGAGAGGAGCAGACACAGUUUCGCCAGGAAGCUAAAGGGAGGCUUGGCGAAGGUUUUCCUGCCUUCACCUCCUCCGCCAACCCCACAGGACAAAGAGGACAACUCUGACAGCGCCGCCCACGACCCCCGGGUGGAGUUAAUGGAGCAUCUGAUGCAAUCGCUGCCCCAAGAUGAUUUGGCGAGAGACUAUUUUGAAGCAGGGGCUCACCGUGGAGCCAAGAUGGAGGCUUUUGCUGAGGCUCUUUCAAGUGAAAUCAUCGGCAGGGCCCUGAGUGCCAAAAACCAAGAUGAUAGCGAUCUUCAUCUACUAGCCCACCAGCUGGCUGAAACCAUCAUUACCUCAUCCCUUGAUGAAGCUAGAAUGAUUGUCUAGUGUUUUAACAUGACUAGUGGGAUCAUAUUUGUGACACACACAAGAGAAGAAAAACAUUGAUAUCCACCCCCACGUUGCCUCCAGGCUGACUGCCAUGACCUGACAUUUUCACUGAAGUGUGGCUUACUGCGAUAAUAUUGUUUUAUAAUCUGAAGAAGAUUUUUUUUUUUUGACUGAGUUUAUUUCUCAAUAAAGCUCAGUUAAAGCUCAUCCAGAUGAAGAGUUUAAAUGCGAAACAUUACCUAUUUAUUGAAAGAACUGAGCAGAGAUCCAACAGAAAGACGGUUGACUCGUAGUUAAAACAAACUGUGGCACUUUUACGUCCUGGAAGCUGCAUGUUUUCGAUGGUGGAUGAUAAACCUGAGGUCAUGUUUUUUGUCCAAGAUGGAUAAAAAGUUCACUGGCAGGAAAACUCCAACGGUCCUGAAAGCAAUUUUGACUGGGAUACAGGUGCAGUAACCAUAAAUGCCCAUUAGAUGGCAACACAGGAGCAAUGUGCCUGAAUAUUUUCAGCAUGAGGUCAGUGAUGGUCCUGAGUGAUGACCUGCCAACAUUUAUCUUAAAUUUAGCUGUUUUGCUGCAAAUAUGCAUGUGAGAUUGUUGAGGCUUUAUGUGCAUUGUUAAUAAAAUGUUUUGUGUGUCUUCA